GGGAUCAAGCAGCUGUUACUGCAGUGUCCUGGCAUCCAUGGGAGGUGCAAAGAUGUCCCAAAUAUGGGUCUUGAGUUGGCUUACGAUAUUGAGUGGACUGCAAUCAUCGCAACAAUCAGAAAUGAUGGAGCCGACAAUUAUACCAGUGACCAUGCAGACCACAAUGCCGGUGAUUGCUAGAGUGCCACAGGUUCUGGUCAUAAUGGACAGGUCUGCAGUACUUGGGGAAACUUCCACUUCUCCACGUAUGAUGGUGAUUUCUUCCAGCUGCCAUACCAGUGUAACUACAUCCUUACCACCAUGUGUGACAGCUCCCAGUCUGAUUUUAACAUCCAAAUGAGAAGGACACUGGUGAAUAACCUUCCUGUAAUUAGCUCUUUCACCAUAAAGCUGGAAGGAAUUAUAGUUAUCCUGCUCAGAGGAAACAUCACUGUGAACAAUAAACCAUUGACCAUUCCAGGGUAUUUUAGUGGACUUCGGAUUGAGAAAAUGACCAAUUACAUUAAAAUCACCUCCAAGUUAGGAGUGACAGUGUACUGGGAUGAAGACAACUCUCUCUCGAUUGAGAUGUCCAAAAACUAUAUGAAUAAAACAUGUGGACUCUGUGGAGACUUCAACGGUAUCACAAAGAACGAGUUCACUGAAAAUGGUCAACAAUUAAAUGCAGAGGAUUUAGGCUUGAAAUGGAAAAUGGAUUUACCCACUGAAAAAUGUGACCAGACUAAUCCCAAGGUCCAGGGCCAGUGCCAGAUUAAGACAGACCAAUGCCACAGUCUGCUGUACCACCCUGCAUUUGCAAGCUGCCAUGACCUGUUGCCCACAAUUGUGUAUUUAGAAGCAUGCGUUCAAGACUUGUGUCAGUGCAACAGCAGUGAGAGUAAUUGCCUGUGCGACACUAUAUCAGAGUUCUCACGUCAGUGUGCACACGCUGGCGGCAAACCGGGGAAAUGGAGAUCAAAAACUUCUGUGAAAUGAAGUGUUCCUUGAACAUGGUGCACAGUGAAUGUGGGAGUCCCUGUACAGACACCUGCUCUAAUCAAGAGGGGACCCAACUCUGUGCAGAUCACUGUGUGGAUGGAUGCAUCUGUCCACCUGGAACUGUGCUAGAUGAUAUUGAGAAUAAAGGAUGCAUCCCUGUGGAUAAAUGCUCCUGCACCCACAAUGGCAAAACCUAUCAAGCGGGAGAUUCAUUCACGAGGACUUGUCAAGAAUGCCUGUGUUCACAAGGACGGUGGAAUUGCAUUAAUAAGGACUGCCCUGGAACCUGCUCUUUGCUGGGAGGGUCUCACAUAAUCACUUAUGAUGGCAAAGCUUACAGCUUCCAUGGAAACUGUGAUUAUAUUCUUUCCAAGGAUAACAGUAGUGAUGUGACAGUGGUGGUGCAUCUGGCACAGUGUGGUACAUCAGAUACUGAAACAUGCCUGACGUCUGUGAAGGUCAUCAACUCAAAAUAUCCUGUUAUAGUCACAACCACUGGCAACGUACUUAUAAACAAUGUGGCAACCAAGCUUCCAGUUUUUAACGAUCAAUUUCAAAUCUUCAAGCCUUCUACAUUCUACUUAAUGGUGCAGACACCCAGCCUUCAAGUCAUCAUUCAGCUCGUUCCAAUUAUGCAGGUGUACCUGAUAGCUAACGUGAAUCAAAAGGCAACACUGAGCGGCCUGUGUGGCAACUUCAAUGACAUCCAAGGAGAUGAUUUCAAGACGCAAUCGGGUCUCAUCGAGGGGACAGCCACGACUUUCGCCAGCACAUGGAAGGUCACAAUGUGUCAAGAUUUCAGUACCAAUCUCAUUGACCCCUGUACUAUGAGUGUGGAAAAAGAAAAUUAUGCCAAGGUGUGGUGUGAGAUGCUCAGUAAUCCACAAGGACCUUUUUCGCCCUGUCAUUUUGAAGUCAACCCGAAGGAUUAUGUACAGAGAUGCAAGUAUGAUGCAUGUGCCUGUGCCCAAAGUGAAGAGUGCAUGUGCGGUGCCGUGUCUUCCUACGUCUAUGCGUGCUCUGCCAGAGGUGUAAUGCUGAACGGCUGGAGAAAUAGCAUAUGCAACACAUUUACAACAAACUGUCCAGGCAAAAUGGAGUACUCCUAUAACCAGACCAGCUGUAAGAAGACCUGCCGCUCUCUCAGCGAAAGCGACCACACCUGCCAUUUGUCCUACACGCCCGUGGAUGGUUGUGCCUGUCCUGAGAAUACUUACUUAAAUGACAUGAGCAACUGUGUGUCUUCGUCCGAGUGCCCUUGUUACGUUGACAAUGAGAUUGUGGCCCCCAUGCAGGUCAUCAGCAAGGAGGGAUCUACAUGCACUUGCAGAGAUGGCAUUCUAAAAUGCACUGGACGACAGGAAGUUACUAACUGUACAGCUCCUAUGGUGUAUGUGAACUGUGCAGCUAAACCUGGACAAACAGGAACAGAGUGCCAGAAAAGCUGCCAUACUGUGAAUUUAAAUCAAUGUAUGAAUACACAGUGUAAAUCAGGAUGUGUCUGUCCUGAUGGUCUACUCGCUGAUGGGCGAGGUGGGUGUGUGAAAGAAGAGCAAUGUCCAUGCGUUCACAACGGAGACUUUUUCCAACCUGGACAGACAGUAAAAGCAGACUGCAACAACUGCACCUGCCAGAAUAGAAGGUGGGAAUGCACCAAAAAGGAAUGCCACAGUAUGUGUACGAUUUACGGUGACAGUCAUUACAUCAGUUUUGAUGGCAAGAGAUAUACUUUUAACGGCAACUGUGAAUACAUGCUGGCCCAGGACUACUGCGACAACAGCAACACCGGUUCAUUCCGUAUCAUCACUGAGAAUAUCCCCUGCGGCACCACUGGAACCACCUGCUCCAAAGCUAUUAAAAUAUUUUUGGGGAACAAUCAGCUACUACUGUCAGAGGAGAAUAUAAAAUCUGUGCAGCAAAAUGGCAGCCAAGACAUUCCUUAUAAAGUCCAUACUGUGGGAAUAUACUUGGUUAUUGAGGCCCAAAAUAGUCUCACCGUGUUCUGGGAUAGGAAGACAAGUCUAAUGGUCAAACUCGGACCCAAAUUUAAGGGUCAAGUGUGUGGACUUUGCGGCAAUUAUGAUGGAGAUUGGAAUAAUGAUUUUAUGACCCGUGGCGGUGAGAAAGUGGCUGAGCCAAAUGAAUUUGGAAACAGCUGGAGAGUUUCUCCUAACUGUCCCGAAUCCAGUGGUCCUCUCAGCCCCUGCAGUAUGAGACCUUACCGCCAGGCCUGGGCGACAAAACAGUGCAGCAUUCUCAAAAGUGAUGUCUUCAGCUCCUGUCUCUCAGUAGUGGAUCCAUCUCCAUAUUACGAUGCCUGUGUGCAAGACACGUGCGCCUGUGACGCUGGUGGAGACUGUGAGUGUUUCUGCACUUCAGUGGCAGCCUAUGCAGCAGCAUGCAGCAGGCAAGGAGUCUGUGUAAUGUGGAGAAGCCCGACGAUUUGCCCAUUGUUCUGUGACUACUAUAACUCAAAUGAGGGCUGUGAGUGGCACUACAAACCUUGUGGACAGCCCUGCAUGAAAACCUGCAAGAAUCUUGAGGGAGUCUGCUACAAUGAAAUGCCUCAGUUAGAAGGAUGCUUUCCCCAGUGCCCUUCAGACAGGCCAUACCUGGAGGAGGCAACAAUGAAGUGUGUUGCAAGAGAGAAAUGUGGCUGUUAUGAUAAAGAAACACACUACAGUGUGGGAGAUAAAAUUCCUUCAAACAAGUCAUGCACAGAAUGCAACUGUACGGCUCAAGGUGUUUCUUGUUACAACAGCAGUACAGCUUGCUACUGUGAAUAUUUGGGAAAGAGAUAUGAAGUUGGAGAAGUCAUAUAUGACACAACAGAUGGAGAUGGAGUAUGUAUCAAAGCUACAUGUCAGAAAGAUGGAACAAUUAUCAGGAUAAUGGACUUUUGCACUACUACUACUACUACUACUCCUACUUCUACACCUUCUACUCCUACUUCUACACCUUCUACUCCCACACCUACCACAGUUUUUGAUUUCACAUCCUCCAAAACUACAACUCAUUCAACAACAAAGGAAACUGAAUCAACAUCAGUAACAACAAGAAUAACAACUGCAUCAACACCACAAAGUUCUACUACAGCAUCUGUGUAUUCCACUAGAGAAACAACAAGUCCAGAGUCCCAUGUAACAACUCCAACUUCAUUUUCACCACCAACCCAAACUACAACCACUAUAGAAACAGUUCCUACAACAACAGUGGAAACAGUAACAAUGAGUACACCUCCAACUUCAUCAGCUACAACACCAUAUCCAUGCCAGCCUUGUGACUGGUCAGAGUGGUUCGAUAAUGACUAUCCUCCCAGUACACGAGAUGGAGAAGAAAUUGAAUCUAUAUAUAAAUUGUGGAAAUCAGGAAACAUUAGCUGUGAGAAACCACAACAAAUUGAGUGCAGGGCUACAGAUUAUAAAGAUAUGCCUUUAUCUGACUUGAAUCAGAUUGUGACAUGUGAUGCUACAUUUGGUCUGAUUUGUAUUAACAAUUAUCAAGAUGACGGCAAGUGUUUAAAUUAUGAAAUACGGGUGAAAUGCUGUGAUGAAAGCUGUACUUCCACAGAACCAUCUGUUUCUUCAUCAACACCACCAACUGAAACCACUAUAAUAACUACUGUAGUUUCACCAACCACUACAGAAACAGUUCCUACACCAACAGAAGAAAUUCCAGGGACAACUACUGGAACAUCUGUUUCUUCAACAACACCAUCCACUGAAAAAACUACUGUGAUUCUACCAACCACAACAGAAACAACUUCCCCAACAACAGAGGAAAUAUCAAGCACAACCACAGGCCCAUCUGGUUCUUCAACAACACCAACCCAAACUACAACAACUAUUGUAGUUCCACCAACCACUACAGAAACAAUUCCUACAACAACAGAGAAAAUUUCAGGGACAACUACUGGACCACCUGUUUCUUCAACAACACCAUCCACUAAAAAAACUACUGUGAUUCUACCAACCACAACAGAAACAGUUUCCUCAACAACAGAGGAACUAUCAGGCACAACCACAGGACCAUCUGGUUCUUCAACAACACCACCAACCCAAACUACAACAACUAUUGUAGUUUCACCAACCACUACAGAAACAAUUCCUACAACAACAGAGAAAAUAUCAGGGUCGACUACAGAACCAUCUGUUUAUUCAACAACACCAACCGAAACCACUACAAUAACUACUGUAGUUUCAUCAACCACUACAGAAACAAUUUCUACAUCAACAAAAGAAAUUUCAGGGACAACUACUGGACCAUCUGUUUCUUCAACAACUCCACCAACCCAAACUACAACCACUACAGAAACAGUUCCUACAACGACAGCGGAAACAGUAACAAUAAUGACAAGCUCAACUUCUUCAGCUACAACACCAUAUUCAUGCCAACCUUGUUACUGGUCAGAGUGGUUGGAUGAUAACUAUCCUCCUAGUACACCAGAUGGAAAAGAGAUUGAAUCUAUAUUUAAAUUGUGGAAAUCAGGAAACAUUAGCUGUGAGAAACCGAGACAAAUUGAAUGCAGGGCUACAGAUUAUAAAGAUGUGCCUUUAUCUGACUUGGGUCAGGUGGUGACAUGUAAUGCUACAUUUGGUCUGAUUUGUAAUAACAAUGAACAAAGUGACCGCAAGUGUUUUAAUUAUGAAAUACGAGUGAAAUGCUGUGAUGACCUCUGUACUUCCACAGCACCACUAACCCAAACUACAACAACUACUGUAGUAUCUUCAACAACACCAUCCACUGAAAAAACUACUUUGAUUUUACCAACCACAACAGAAACAGUUUCCCCAACAACAAAGGAAAUAUCAGGCACAACCACAGGCCCAUCUGGUUCUUCAACAACACCAACCCAAACUACAACAACUAUUGUAGUUCCACCAACCACUACAGAAACAAUUCCUACACCAACAGAAGAAACUUCAGGGACAACUACUGGACCAUCUGUUUCUUUAACAACACCAUCCACUACAAAAACUACUGUGAUUCUACCAACCACGACAGAAACAGUUUCAUCAACAACAGAGGAAAUAUCAGGCACAACCACAGGCCCAUCUGGUUCUUCAACAACACCACUAACCCAAACUACAACAACUAUUGUAGUUCCACCAACCACUACAGAAACAAUUCCUACAACAACAGAGAAAAUAUCAGGGUCAACUACAGAAUCAUCUGUUUCUUCAACAACACCACCAACCGAAACCACUACAAUAACUACUGUAGUUUCACCAACCAUUACAGAAACAAUUCCUACAACAACAGAGAAAAUAUCAGGGACAACUACAGGACCAUCUGUUUCUUCUACAACACCACCAACCCAUACUACUUCAAUAACUACUUGGGACUGGAUGGUGUUUUCUUCUUACUGUGAUUCCACAUGUAAUGUUCAAAAGUAUUCAACACCAUGCUUAUCUAGUCCUACGCCUCCUACUAUUAGUCCAAAACCACCAACAACACCAACCACAAGACCACCCUCAACAACAACUCCUCCAACUGUUAUUCGAAAUUGCACAUACCUUGAACCACCAAGACAGAACGGAGAAACCUGGACAGAUGGCUGCUCUGAAAAAGCAUGUAAAGAUGGCUCUGUUAUCUCAACACCUGUACAAUGUGGCAACUCAGAGCCUGUUAUGCCAAAUUGUGUAAAUGGGGUCCCUCCUGUUAAGGUUUAUGAUAAGAGUGGAUGUUGCUAUCACUAUGAAUGUCAAUGCAAAUGUUACGGUUGGGGAGAUCCACAUUAUGUCACUUUCGAUGGGGAGUACUAUGCUUUCCAAGGAAACUGUACAUACGUUUUGGUGCAAGAAAUCAUCAAAAAGUACAAUUUCUCUGUCCACAUCAAAAACUACAUGUGCGACACUGUCCAAGGAUUGGCUUGUCCUGACUAUUUGACUAUAUACUAUAAAUCCUAUAAAAUUGAUCUGCGACAGACAAGAAACCCAACUGUGAAUAAAGUAUUUGUCAACAACGAACAGAAGACCCCAGUUUACUACACUCCAGACUUUACUAUUACCACAACGGGUAUUGCGAUGACUCUCGAUAUUCCUGCUAUCCAAGCUCAGGUGACCUUCAAAGGCAUGAACUUUGUAAUCAACCUUCCAUUUUCACUCUUCCACAACAACACAGUAGGACAGUGUGGCAAAUGUGACAACAACACUAUAACUGACUGCGUAAUGCCUGAUGGAAAACUCAGUAACUCAUGUACAGACAUGGCUCCUAAGUGGCAAGUGAAUGACACACUUUGCCCCAAUCCUCCCCCAACUCCAUCACCACCAACUACACCCCCACCUACGUGCAAACCGCCCAUCUGUGAUGUCAUCUUUAGCAAAGUGUUUGAAAACUGCCACAAAGUCAUCAACCCGAAAGUCUUCUACGAAGCAUGUGUAUAUGAUGUGUGCCUCAUGAGGAACUCAACUGGGUGCUUCAGUCUGCAGAGUUAUGCUCAAAUGUGUGCAUCAGAAAAUAUAUGUGUGGAUUGGAGGGGCUCAACUAAUGGACAGUGCGCACCCAACUGUCCUCCAAAUAAAGUUUACAACGCAUGUGGACCAAAGAUGGAAAAAACCUGCAAUUCAAUGGUCAAUGAUAAGCUUAUAAACUGCAACUCAAGCGUAUGUCAAGACAGUUUCCGAGAAGGAUGUUUCUGCCCUAACGGCACCACCCUCUUUAGCACUUCUACAGAUGUAUGCACAGCGUUCUGUGGUUGUACAGGUCCUGAUGGAAAGCCUAAGCAGCCUGGAGAGAAAUGGGUCUCAGAAUGUAAUGAAUGCACAUGCAGUCAAACGUCCAUGGGUCCAGUGUGCACAGCAGUUAAAUGUUCAAGCCCAGAGGUCUGUACAAAAGUGGGCUACAAACUUCAGACUGUGGACUGCUGUCCGAAAUGCGUGUGCAACACUAGCAUGUGCCCCACAACCAUACCACAAUGCUCACCUGGAUAUGAGCUAGUACAAAACAAGACAGAUAGUGACUGUUGUGUCAGUUUCUCUUGUAAACCCAAGCAAGUGUGUGUCUAUGGUGGAAAAGAGUAUAUGCCUGGUGAGAAGGUGAAGAAAGACUCCUGUGAAGACUGUGUUUGUGGACCUACUAUGAACCAAGACUCUAAACUCCUUGAUGUGAAAUGCACUCCUAUGCACUGCAACACUACCUGCUCUAAGGGCUUUUCCUAUGAAGCUGUGCCAGGGCAAUGCUGUGGAAAAUGUGUACAGAGGCAAUGUAUAUAUGACAACGGAGACAACGGAGACAAGAACGCUACCACAGUUGAGGUUGGACAAAGCUGGACUCAUCCAAAAGAACCCUGUGUGACCUACAAUUGCACUAAAGUCAACAACAUGUUUAUGAUGAUGAAGAUCCAGCCGUCAUGUCCUAAUUAUAAUCCAGAAGACUGCAUUCCUGGCACGGAGCAAACCACAUCAGAUGGAUGUUGCAAGACAUGCCAGCGGAUAAACUGCCGUGUGCUGAAGAACACCACCAACCUGGUGGUUGACAACUGUAUCUCUGUUGAGCCUGUGGAAGUAGCCUCCUGUUCGGGAGCCUGUGACACCAGCUCAAUGUAUUCGACGGCGGCAAACUCCAUGAUGCACCACUGCUCUUGUUGUCAGGAGAAGCGCACCAGCAUCAAGGAAGUGCAGCUGAAGUGUGCCGACAAUACAAACAAAUCAUACCAAUACACUUAUGUGGAAGAUUGUGGUUGCCAUGUUACAGAGUGCACAGACUCGAAAAAAGAUUAACAUUAAGAGAAAUUGCUAUGAUUAAUUAACAUGAGUUUGCUAAGAUUGGGCAACUUGGACGAAGCUCAUGAAUGAAUACUAUUUCAACAUCUUAGUAAUUCAAACUGAAGUAAUUCAUUUGAUUUCAUAUAUUAUUCUAAAGCAUUUCAUACUAACUAGCUUACAGAACUUUACUAAAUUAUGAUAUAAUCAAAAUGUCGUUUUUUUGCAUAAUACUUUUGAGAAAUGUUUCCUUACAAACACACUAUAUGAUCUUGUUUGUAUGAGAACAGCGGUCUCUGUUUUGCUAUCCAACACAUAACAUAUGGCAUAAACACUUUCCUUUCCUGCAUGCUUUGUAUUCUUCCGUGUUAACCGUUCUAGAUUCUGUUCUUGUUUUUUUUUUUUUUUUAUAUAUAUGAUUAUUGACCAUAAUAAAUUUAAAUCAAACUGCAAGCAAAAAAA